AUGAUGUCGUACCUGAAAGUUAUGAUCAUAUGGAACAUACUUUGCUUAUCCCUGGUGGUCCUUUCACUGUCCUUGAUUCCAGAAGUGUCUUCUCAAGAUGUAUCGAGCUGUACAGGGAGAUGUGGGUCAGGGUAUUCUAGAGAGCAUGACUGCCAGUGUGAUUUUAACUGUCACCACUACAUGGAGUGCUGCCCUGACUUCAGGAAAGUCUGCAUAGUGGCCGCCUCCUGCGAGGGACGCUGCUUCGAAGCCUUCGAGAGGGGAAGGGAGUGUGACUGCGACGCCGACUGCGAGCGAUACGGAAAAUGCUGCCCAGACUACGUCAAGUACUGUAAAGAGGCACACACAGAAAAGCCAACCCCGGAGACUCCUCCAGACAACAAAUCAACAUCUAAAAGGUCCUCCACAGAUGAGGAAGAGUCACCAGAGGAAGCUCUGGAAGAUCCUGAAAUCCAAGUGACCACUCCUGCUCCAGCCACAGAGGAACCAGCCACCGAAGCCGACCCUCCCACUCCGGGUACAGAAGAUGUGACCCCUGAUGCCACAGAGGAGCCACUGACUGAAAUGGACCCAACUGACCUGCCCCCAACACAAGACCCAACGCCCGACGCCACCGAGGCAGCAGCAACUGAUUCCGAGCCCCCCACCAGCCCCACGCCUGAAGAGACAACCCCAGAGGAGCCAACAACACCAGCACCAGAGGAGACAACCCCAGAGGAGCCAACAACACCAGCACCAGAGGAGACAACCCCAGAGGAGCCGACAACACCAGCACCAGAGGAGACAACCCCAGAGGAGCCAACAACACCAGCACCAGAGGAGACAACCCCAGAGGAGCCGACAACACCAGCACCAGAGGAGACAACCCCCCCACCAGAGGAGUCGACAACUCCAAAACCAGAGGAGACAACUCCAGAGGAGCCAACAACUCCUAAAUCAGAGGAGCCUACAACUCCUAAACCAGAGGAGAUAACUCCAGAGGAGCCGACAACACCAGCACCACAGGAGACAACCCCAGAGGAGCAGACAGCUCCUAAACCAGAGGAACCGACAACCCCUAAACCAGAGGAAACAACCCCAGAGGAGCCGACAAAUCCUAAACCAGAGGAGCCAACCCCAGAGGAGCCGACAACUCCUAAACCAGAGGACCUGACCCCAGAGGAGCCGACAACUCCUAAACCAGAGGAGACAACCCCAGAGGAGCUGACAACUCCCAAACCCAAAGAGCCAACCCCAGAGGAGCCGACCACCUUGGCAGACUCUCCCACUACCCCCAAACCUGAAAAAACAACCCCAGAGGAGCCAACAACCAAGGCAGACUCUCCUGCCACCACCCCCAAAGCUGAAGAAACAACCCCAGAAGAAACAACCAAGGCAGACUCUCCCACCACCCCUAAAGCAGAGGAUGCUGACUCUCCGACCAUCCCUGCAGCCCCUGAGGCCAGUAAAGCCACAGCUUCUCCAGGCAGUGCUGAACCCACAACUGUUGGCAAGGACUCCCCCACAGCUGGGGCAGGGACAAUGCUUUCAGAUACCACAGUUGAGAACAAGGAGACAACAACACCAAAGAAAGACAGAACUACUCUGCUUAAAGACAUUUUCACAGCUGCAACUGGGAAAGACACAGUUACUGUAGCUAUGGUGACAACAGCUAAACCAGGUGAUUCUCCUAAAGGUAUGGAUGACCUUCCAAACACAGCUCCUACGGCCGAGGAACCUGUCACUGCAGCAGCUGAAUCAGAAACAACUUCUACAGACACCAAGACUGCAACAACAGCAGCCACAGCUCCCUUGCCCAAUCCCACUGUGCUGGUAACAACCAUCAAAGAAGAUUCAACUCCUCAGCCUGGUGAGGCUGUAACACCAAAUGAAGAAGAGACAACUACAGACACUGAGCAGGCUGGGCCAGCAGCAGACAAAGAGAGCCCAGGUGCUGCUUGUGUUAUUGUGGAGAUGACACCUGGUAAAAAAGAGGUAACAACCAUUAAAGAAAUGGGCACCACACCUGAAAAAGAAAUGGAAGAUGUCACUGAAAAGGCCCCUGGUAUUGCCAAAGAAGAGGUAACUACAGUUCCCAAAGAAACCACAACAAGGGAUAAAAAGGACACAAUAGAGGAAAUGUAUCUUGUGUUUAAUGGGACAUCCAAGCCAACAAUACAUUUCCAGGAGGUCACUGAGGCCACAGAAGAGCCUCAUCCAACUGAACCUGAAACUCUGCCAGCGAAAGAAGAACCGGAGAUAAACAAGCCUUUAAUACAAGUUGGGGACCUGCCAAUGUUCCCUGGAGAAACACAAGAGAAGAACGACGAGAAGGACCUGUGCAGCGGCAAGCCAGCGGACGGCAUGGUGGCCCUGCCCAAUGGCACCCUGGCCGUCUUCCGAGGUCACUAUUACUGGCUGCUGAACGGCCGGACCCCUCCGACCACCAACCCCCGCCGGAUCAGCGACGGCUGGGGCAUUCCCUCGCCCAUCGACUCCGUCUUCUCCAGGUGCAACUGCGAUGGGAAAACCUUCUUCAUCAAGGGUCCCCUGUACUGGCGCUUCACUAAUGGUGUUAUGGAUAAUGGCUAUCCCAAACCUCUCGCAACUGGAUUUGCAGGGUUAAGUGGGAGAAUAGUAGCAACCCUCCCUGUGGCAAGAUACAACAGCAGACCAGAAUCUGUUUAUUUUAUCAAAAGAGAUGGGAACAUGCAGCAGUAUGUCUACAGACAAGAGCCAGCCAAGAAGUGUCAAAGAAGAGCCCGGGUCACCAUCAGAUACCCAGCCUUUGUCCCCAGAGUUGUCAUCAGGCGGCGCUUCCAGCGUGCUGUGCGAAUGCCGACCGUCAUCCGCACCGUCAGGAUCAACUCCCACCCCUCUGGAGUUCUGCGCAAGGAAAUCCAAAUGACAACGUACUGGAGAGGGCUCCCCAAAGUCGUCCACUCAACUCUCUCCGUGCCCAACCAGAACAAGCCCGAUGGCUACGACUACUAUGCCUUCUCUUACAAUCGGUACUACAGUUUGGAUGUUGGCAAAAGAAUAGCACGACCUGUUACUGCUCUCACAGGAAAGACUGUAACCAAAGACUGGUACAACUGUCCCAGCAAGUGAGGCACAGCAGAGGAGUUUAAAUCA